AUGCCAAAAGUCAUGGACCUCUCGACCGAGACAAAAACCACAACAAGCACAACGACCUUACCCCCAGAACCUGCUUUCAUCUACAUAAACCCUACCCACGGUAAAUCCUCUUCAAAGCCCAUAUUCUAGCUCUCUGGGCUAUCCUUUUCCCCACCUUCCUGCUCAUUAUCUUUUACAUAGCAGAGGCAUGCUAAUCUGAAUAUACUCCAGGCAGCAACAGACGUAGAGACACUGGGGAUGACGAGAUAAAUGCAGGGCCAUAUAUUGCUAAAGUGUUACGCACAAAGCUUGUCAUAAUCGCCAUCAAUCCACAGGUGUCUAAGCCUGAAGCCGUGACUAAAACUGCACGCGUAUAUACCUCAAAAGCUACAGACAUAGCAACGAUCAUUAUACUGGCAAAUUUUCAAGUAACUAUAACAUUGACGCCCGAAACUACUACUACAAGUGCGACAACCGUGACUUCAACCACAACAACCCUGUAAUUUUCAAGACCUUUGGCAACGUUUUCCUGCGCUAACUUGCUUUACACAGUUUGAAUAUAGAAGCAACUCAAACUCCUCCAGUACCCGAACCUAUCUCUGCGGAGGAUGCCUGUGGUAACUCUCAGACGUUCUUAGUUGCCAAUUCUAUUAAAAUUGAUUUGGACAGUGUCGACUAUGUUGUUGACCCAGCAAAGACUCCCAAGGAUUGUUGCCUAAGUGUGGGUACUCCUGAAAUUAUUCGUUACCCUCUACGUUGUUUCGUGUGUUAA